AUGCCCGACGGGAGGCUCUACCUUCUGUUUCUUUCCUCGCAGAAGGUGAUCGCCGGAUUCGGUGGUGCCGCAGUUCUCCCGUGGAUCCCUCGUGUCGGGAGAUGGCCGGCCGCAGGCAGCGUAGCAGAUCGUGCAGUCCGUGCAGCAGCACAUCCUAUCAAGACGUGGCGGCCACCCUUCUCCGUCCUCGGCGACUACCGCCGGUCUCCCCUCAGUGUCCUCCGCCUCCACGGCAGCAACGUCCAGGGCAGCGCGAUCGGCGGUGAUGUCGAGGAGAGGAUCGUCACCAGGACGCCUCACCAGGUUCGGGAUCCAGUGGGACACCCAUGUGCGGCUGGCCCGAGUGCGUGCGAGGCCAGCCUGCGCCGUCUUGGCGUCGACCACAUCGACCUCUACUACCAGUAUCACAUAGACACUACAAUCUCCAUCGAGGCUGUUGAAAAGCAGGUGAGGGGCACUUUGGUAGUUGUGAACGAUGAACAAUUUUCAGGGAAGAAAAGUGAGUUCAAUACUUCAAAUGCUAAAUUGAUGUGUACCACAUACGUCAUUUGCUCGAUGGACUGGAGUGCCUAUGAUGAGUCGAGGUACGACAUGCUAGAAACAACUUACCAUGAUGCAUGGCAUAAAGUAAAUAAUCCUGGUAUUGCAAGUUUUGCAGUAAUUAACUAUUGACUGUUUGAGAAUGCUUAUUUUUCAGAAGGAGACGAUUUGUUCUAUUUCUAUAGUUAAUGGAUUUAAUGUUUCCUAAAUAAUUGAGUAUGAAACACACUCUUUGGUAUUAUCCCAUCUAUAUGUUGGUUUGAUUCUAUGGUCAGCUACUUUGAUGGGAAUUCUUAUCUUCAACAAAGUGUUGCAAGUGAGGAUGAGGAGCAGAGUAGGCGAGAACUCCAGGGGCCACAGCUGAGGUGGAGAGGACGAGUGUCGCAGGAGGCAGCGACGAGGUCGUGCAGAUGAGGAUGAGAGAUUCAGAGGAUCGAGAAGGGUUGAAAGAGUUGGUAGAUGGAGGUGGAAGAGAUAGGGAUGUGAGGGAAUCAAGAGAGCUGAGAGCAGGGAAUAUUCUUUCUCCUAUUUUCACUU